UUGGCAACACUGGUAACGAUAGCAACCGGUAUGUAAACUCUCUAGAGACAGAUGUAAUGUGCAAUGUAUAAAGUGAAACUUUUAGUUAUUGGACCUUGUGAGUGUGGCAAAACUGUGAUAUCAAAUUUCUUGGCUGAUGCAACUGAAACUAUAUCAAAUGAUUACCACCCUACUCAAGGAGUCAGGAUUUUAGAAUUUGAAAGUGAUAGUUUAAAUAUCGGAGGUAGGAUAGCAAAAGCUGAAGUUGAAUUAUGGGACUGUAGUGGGGAUACAAAGUUUGAAAACUGUUGGCCAGCUUUGAUGAAAGAUGCAAAUGGUGUUAUAUUUGUGUACAGUGCAGAUAUUGCUAACAUUAGAAAAGAAAUGGAUAUGUGGUAUGCUAAUUUUGUCCAAGCUCAAGGGCUAAAGGAUAGUCAGUGUAUUGUGUUCUGUCAUCGAAAACCAAAUUUGCCAGAAACCCGUUCUUCUGAACUCUCCAGCCUUUUUUCAAGAAUUACAUGGAUACAAACAAAUAUUGAAGAAAAUGGAAAUGCAUUAAGGAGAGAAUUUAAUAGUUUUCUUCAGCGUCUAUUGAGCAAUAUUAGUGAAAGAAGAGAUCAAGAAGAACUGAGCAUUCUUAAUCAGCACUGAACUUUUUUAAAUGCAUUCACUAAACCUAUGAACGUAUUAAAAUUUUUAGCACUUAAUAAUGUAUAUUCUGAUUUUUUUUCAUAAUAUAAUGUAAAUUAUUUCAUCAAAUGUGCCUCCAAACCAUUUAUAAUAUUCUUAGUUUGUCAUUAUUAUUAAAAGAUAAAUUUCACUUAUAAUCAUGCAAAAAACUGCAUUAUAUACAAUUUUAUAAGUUCACAUUAUAAACAAAAAAUAAAUAUUUUUAGUACUCUGGUGGACAAUUAAAAACUUGAAUCAUUACAAACACACACACACACAUAUAUAUAUUUAUUGACAUAUACCAUUUUGGUUUAGUGUAAGAUAUAAUAUUUUUUAUUGUAUUUAUACAAUUUUUUAUAUGCUAUAUCACUGGCAUAGUUGUAUGGAAAACCAAUAUGCCAAUGGGUCCGAAUUCAAAUCCUAGAGAAGGCAUGGAUGUCCAUAAAUGCAUAGUGCAAUGUUUUAUAAUUCCUUAUGCUUCCAAAAAAAAUGGGUGCUCAAUAGAAGUUAAAAAUGUUCUUUACGAAGUAAUCACAAACUUUUAUGUAUUUUGUACACUGAUCUCUUUUCCCAGUCUAAUUUCGUAUUUCUAGUAUAACUUGUUUCCUAUCUGAUUUCAUAGCACUCACAUAAAGAUAUUUAAUUUCUACCCAAAGUGUUUUAUUUGUUUGUUAUUUUUACCCCAAAUUCUUUGUUUUAUUUGUUGAGCAGAUCAAGAUCAUUAUUUUCAUGCUAUGCUGUUAUGUUACUUUAUUUAUUAUACAUCAAAUUAUUAUUAAUUUAUUAUAUGUAAAAUUCUUAUUUUUACUAUUACAUACACACUUUUGAAAAGUUAAAAAAUAAUUAAAAUCUUAUGUAGAAAUGUAUGAAUAUAUUAAUUUUACAUUCUGUUUUACAGAAAAACACUGAUACUAAAAGUUCAUUUUUUCCAUAAACUUGGAAAUGUAAUUUAUGAUGCCAUUUAGAAGUAAUAAUGCCUUGACCUGAAAAUUUUGUAAAAGAAAAUGCUUUUUUUAGGUUUUUACAGUUUAUUUUAAAAAUUUUAUUAUUAUUAUUAUUUUUAAAGAAUAAUUUACAAAUUUUCUACGUGUCACAGUUUAUAGAGAAAUAGGGAAAUGUGUCAUAACUUUCAAAACAAAAUUCAUUCUUUAUUAUAUGUGCUGUAAGGUAGCAUUAGAAUUUCAUAUAAAUAUUAUUCUGGAUUAUAGUAGUUUGCAUAAUUAAAUAGUAAAUAUUAUACACAGAUGUUUACAGGUUUUUAUUUUGUAUUCUAAAUGUGAAUAAAGAAUUUCAUAAAGCUUC